AUGCCCCCCCCGGCGCGUGCCCUGCGCGGUGCCCCCCCGCGCUGCUCCCUUGCGUGCGCGUGCCCUACGUGGUGUCCCCUGCGCGCGCUGCGGUGCCCCGCCUGGCGCGGUGCCCUUCUGCGCGCUUGUGCCCUACGCGGUGCCCCCCUGCGCGCGCUGCCCCCCCUGGCGCGGUGCCCCUCUGCGCGCGCGCGCGCCCUACGCGGUGCCCUCCCUGCGCCUGCCCUGCGCGGUGCCCCCCCGCGCUGCUCCCUUGCGUGCGCGUGCCCAACGCGGUGCCCCCCUGGCGCGGUGCCCCUCUGCGCGCGCGCGCGCGCCCUACGCGGUGCCCUCCCUGCGCGCGCGCCGCGAUGCCCUGCUUGGUGCCCUCCCGCGCGCGCGCCGCGGUGCCCCCCUGCUAGUGCCCUACGCGCUACCCCCCCUGCGCGCGCCGCGGUGCCCCCUGCGCGCGCGUGCCCGAGGCUGUGCCCCCCCCGCCCUGCGCGGUACCCCCGCUGCGCGCGCGGGCGUGCGGAGCGGCGUGCCCGGGGAAGAGGCCUCGGGGCCGACCAGCCGCGAGCCCGGAGUGCGCCGCGCACGGGGCGGAAGGAGAAAGGGGGGGGGGGUCACUCCGCGCCCGCCACCAUCGGCCCCGCGAGACGCCUCGCUGAUUGGCCGAGCCCGGGCCCCGGGCGCCUCCCGGAUUGGCCGAGCCGCCGCGCAGGCUUCUCCCGCCCCCCCUGCCCCCCCAACCGGGCCUACGGCGGGCUACGGAAGCCGGCAGGGACACGGGAAAGCGAGGCCGCCUUCGCGUUCGGCGGCGGCGGCGGCGGGGGGCCCGGGCGCGGGUUGCCUCGGUUACGGAGCGCGCCGUGGCCGCCUCAGCCCCGCCGCUGCCCCGCGCGGCCAACGGCUCCCGCAGUGCUCCGCGCCCGCUGCCCCGCCUCCGCCGGGCUCCGCGCUCUGCAUCCGCACUGCUCCGCGCUGCUGCUCCACGUCCAGUGCUCCGUGCCCCGCGUCCACUGGGCUUCAUCUACUGCUCCGCUUCCAGGGCUCCGCGCUCCGCGCUCCGCAUCCACUGCUCCGCUGCUCCACGCUCUGCGCCCAGUGCUCCGCGUCCAGUGCUCCUCUUCCAGUGCUCCGUGCCCUGCACUCACUGCCCUGCACCCAGUGCUCCGUGCCCUGCAUCCCUCGCUCCGCGGUUGCCGCUGUCCCUCGGCCGGCGGUGGGAGGCCGCAGAACGCUUCGCUGGAAAUCUGUGAGAAGAAAUAUCGGCAAGAGUAA